UCCCUCAACAUGUCUCAUGACUCGUGCGCACUGAAUUCUGAUGGCUCCCUCAAGGAUGCCUCAGAUAUUGUAUUUUACAAUGAUCCCGACAAUCACGCACCAUUGCUGCAGGUCCCACUGAAAAACACCUUCACUGCUCUGCUCCAAUCUGGGCGCACACCAGCACUAACUGCAGCUGGUUCCCAAUGUUCUACUCGCACAUCAAGGCCCUCUGCUUGUGUUCAGGAUGCUGACAAUGUGUCCUCAAGCACAAGGAAG